AUGAGCCAUAUGAUUCAUACAAAACAACAGUAUGCAACAAUUUUUCCCUUCAAUCUUUACACAGUUCAUUCACAAACACAAUCACAACUUUGGGCGCCAGAAGUCUUUGGAAAGGAAUUUAGAAAUAAAAGUAGAAGAAGUAGAUUAACCUUCAACAUCUUUCACUUCUAUGUGGCUUCACUUUACAGGUUUUACAUAAAAUUUAUAAAAAAUUUGAGUUUAACUACAUUAAAACUUAAAAUACUUCAACCACAAAGUCUUUUAGGAACUUAUCUUGCUAAAUUGCGAGAAAAACUACAAUUCAUUUUCGAGAUUGAGAGUCAGGAGAUCAGUCGAGAUAUGAUGAACGAAACAUCACUUUAA